CGUGCCGCGGAGGUGCACGCGUCGCGAUUGCGAAAAUAUUUGCGAAAAUGUGCAUUAAUGCAUCGUGAUAAGACUGUUUAUUGCGUGCUUUUACUUUCGCAGUGAGCUUCUGUUUUUAUGAUACGUAAAUAAUUAGGAUCUACAGUUUUAAUUAUAAAGGCACCCCAAAAUGGCGUCCCCUUCAAAAAACCGUUUCAAAAGGCAAGCAUGGUGCCGACGGCUGCUGAGCAAAAGAUUGCCCAUAGUAACAUGGCUCCCUGAGUACAACUCAGACAAGGCAGUGGCCGAUCUUAUAGCAGGAAUAACAGUCGGGCUCACGGUCAUACCGCAGGCGCUGGCUUAUGCUACGCUCGCCGGCUUAGAGCCCCAGGACGGCCUGUACUCCUCAUUCAUGGGCUGCUUCGUGUACGUGAUCUUCGGCUCUUGUAAAGACAUCACGCUGGGCCCCACCGCCCUUCUGGCAUUAAUGACGCACGCCCAGAUACAGGGCACGCCGCCGCGGCCGGAAUACGCCGUCCUGCUGUGCUUUCUGACUGGCAUCGUGCAGCUCAUCAUGGGGAUGCUGCAUUUAGGGGUCCUGAUAGACUUCAUAUCGGUGCCGGUGACCGUGGGCUUCACGUCGGCCACGUCGGUCAUCAUCGCCGUGUCCCAGCUGAAAGGAUUGCUCGGACUUAGCUUCAAAUCGGGGGGAUUCCUCACAACCGUCAAAAUGGUUGCAGAAAAUUUACCGAAGGCAAGACUAGCAGACAGCGCGUUAGGAAUUACCUGUAUAAUUGUUUUACUACUUAUGCGUAAAAUGAAAGAUAUAAAAUUAUCUAGAAGCAAAAAGGGCCUAAAGAAGACUCUCUGGCUGCUCUCCACCUCAAGAAACGCGAUUGUCGUCAUAGUGUGUUCAUUAAUAUCUUUUGGAUUCGAGUCACAAGGAUCUCAACCUUUCAGGAUAACGGGACGGGUAAAGGAAGGCCUGCCAUCUUGGAACCUCCCCCCAUUCAGCACAUACGCUAACGGGGAAUACGUGUCGUUUAUUGACAUGUGCUCAGAGUUGGGCUCCUCAAUCAUUCUAGUCCCCAUUAUUGGUGUACUGGGCAACGUGGCUAUUGCUAAAGCUUUCGCAAGCGGAGAAUCAGUAGACGCGACGCAAGAAUUAUUAACGCUGUCCCUCUCGAACAUAUUGGGGUCGUUCGUAGGUGCCUUCCCGAUCACUGGUUCGUUCUCGCGCAGCGCCGUCAACCACGCGAGCGGUGUGGCCACGCAGGCGGGCAGCCUCUAUACAGGUACCUUGGUGUUGCUGGCGUUGAGUCUACUCACGCCGUAUUUCUACUACAUCCCUAAGGCGGCGCUGGCCGCCGUUGUGAUAUGUGCUGUGAUAUUUAUGAUAGAAUAUGAGGUAGUGAAGCCGAUGUGGCGUUCCCGCCGCGCGGACCUCGUGCCCGCCUUCGCCACAUUCUGCGUAUGCCUGGUAGUAGGCGUAGAGAUCGGCAUUUUGGUGGGCGUUGUAUUAAACGUUCUACUGCUGCUGUAUCCGAGUGCGAGGCCGCAGAUGGACGCGGAGAUCGUCACGAACGCAUCUGGGCUGGGCUAUCUAUUAGUAACAGUAGGCAACAACCUGUACUUUCCUGGCGUGGAAUACAUCAGACAGUACGUCGAGCGAGCCGCCAAGAAGCAGGCGGGCUGUAGGAUGCCGGUGGUCAUUGACUGCAGAUACGUACUCGGUGCUGAUUUCACAGCGGCUAAAGGCAUUUGCGCAUUAUCCAGCUCUCUAGUAUCCCGUGGGCAGCCGCUGGUACUACUAUCACCACGUAGCAACGUCUCUGCAGUUUUCAAAGGAGCCGGUUCUAGCGUAGUUGUGGUUCCUACUGCCAACGAGUUGGAACGGGCGUUGCAAGACCUCACCGGGCAAAUAGCGAUGCCUCUGCUAAAUGGUAAAAAAGAAACCAUCACACCACCGCCGUCGUACAACUCCCUACAACUGGACGAUGUCACAGAAAUCGUCACCGAAGACAGAACCCAGACUCCCUUGCUGAAGAUAGAGAAUAUAAAAACGUCCAGUGACUUCAGUGAGGUCAAUGACACUUGACCAUGUUAAUUUUUAGUGUAGAUAUAUGAUAAUUUAUGUUAUAUUGGCCUAUUCAAAGUUACAUUGCGACAUCAAAAUGAUGUGAGUCGCCUGUGCGUCUCGCUCGCACCAAUACAUAGGGUCAUUGCGCUAGUUUUCGUCCGGCUCUAGUUUUCGUCCACUUGAUGAAAUUUGAAUAUAAACCUUCAUUGCUGCACAAAUUUGGACUUUAGUUAUAGUUAGUUAGUUAUCCUGGGCAUUUUCCGCAAAUCGACAACCAUUGUGCCUAUUUUGCGUGAAUAUGGACUUUAUUGCAAUCCUUAAUAUCUAAACAAUUUAUAUAUCUACAUAAAAAAUAUAUUUCGCAAGUAGCAGAUUAUAAAUGAAAUGUAUUAUUUGCUAAUCCAUCAAGUGGACGGAAACUGACACCGGACGGUAAACUGACGCAAUUACCCUAUAAUUUGAAUGUCACAAUGUAUAGGUUUGAUUUCGCCUUCAUAGGUGUCGGCAGGAGCGUUGCAGUUACUGAUAUGCUAAUAAGUUUCCAAAAUAUCGAAAUUUUCACGUGAAGUAAUUUUUAAAACUCAUAUCUUUGUAUAGGGUUUGAAAUUUUCCAAGUCCAAUACUUAAUGAAAACUUUAUUUUAUUUAUUUCUAGUACCCUCAACUCUGGUGCCGAUAUCUAUACUGACGCUUAAUUAGUAUUAAUUAUUGAAUAAAUGUGGAUUUGUAAUUGAUGCACUGUAGGAAGAUACAGAUAAUAGAUUAAACUUUAAAAGUUAUGUUACCGACCUACCUGUAUCGAAGAAAACCGUUUCCUUAAGAUCGGUUUACUUAGAACAGCGGUGCCGUCAUAUAGCGGCCGUCUCCACACUAAAUAAUACGGUUAAGAGCCAACAGGAGUGGUCAUUUCUCCAUACAAACGUACUCGACUGUUUCCUCCGUGAGUUUUGAGGCUAGAGCAAUGAUUUGUUCAACACAGAUUAAAAUUGUCAAUAUCUGUGUCGGACCGUUUUGCUUUUUUUGAUAUUUUUGUUUUUCAAGGCGCUAGAGCCCUUCAAAAAUGGCCAAAAUGGCCUAAUUGACUAUGCCGCAAUAAGAGGCGUAGUAUUCAAAACUGAUAUCAAUUAGCCAAAAAAGCAAAACGGUCCGACACAGAUAAUUUCAUAAUCAUUUAGAUUUCCAAGUUUGGUCAGGAUUGGCAAACUUUUGGAGGAGAAAACAAUCGAGUACGAAACCUCGAUUUUUGAGAUUUUUACGCAGGAUUUUUCGCCUUGUCCUUAUCUCACUAGUUUUAGGAGCCGCUUCCGUUAGCGAGACGGGUAUAUUUACCUAAAAUAUUUAAAACUCAGCUCCUGUUUCGUCUUAAAUAUAUAAAUAUGGAUGUGGUAGUAUUUGCAUGGAGACGGCCGCUAUAUGACUGCACCGCUAAGCUAGGAAACCAGAGCAUUACCACUCGAAUCGAAUUCCUUUGUUUUUCAGAUCGAAAUUUGAAUGUCAUUUUUAAAUCGAUGUCGACGUUAUUUGUUAGUAUUACCACAGACUACAUAUAAGCCGGUCAAACAAGUUUGUCAGUAGCAAAAGACGCGAUACUCAAUUUUUCUAUAGGACGAUUCCCGUUAGCUUUUUAGGGUUCCGUACCCAAAGGGUAAAACGGGACCCUAUUACUAAGACUUCGCUGUCCGUCCGUCCGUCCGUCCGUCUGUCACCAGGCUGUAUCUCACGAACCGUGAUAGCUAGACAGUUGAAAUUUUCACAGAUGAUGUAUUUCUGUUGCCGCUAUAACAACAAAUACUAAAAACAGAAUAAAAUAAAGAUUUAAAUGGGGCUCCCAUACAACAAACGUGAUUUUUGACCAAAGUUAAGCAACGUCGGGAGUGGUCAGUACUUGGAUAGGUGACCGUUUUUUUUUGCUUUUUUUUUUUUUUUUUUUGCAUUAUGGCACGGAACCCUUCGUGCGCAAGUCCGACUCGCACUUGCCCGGUUUUUUCUACUGACGGAAUCGUCUUGACAGACUAAUAAUAGUAUCAGGCAAUUAUGUAGCAUUUUCGCAGGUAAGAAAUGUGUUUUAACACAAAAGUCAGGUAAUUUACGAUUUUUUGACGGCAUCGUAGAGAAUUUAUGAUAUGUGUGUAUCUAGUGUAUGUGUAUAAAACUAUUCAAUGUUCGCUCUCUUCCCAUAAAUGAGCACACUCCAUUUUCUUGUACAUUGUGUAAGUAUACAUUGUAUUAAAUUAUUUUAAGGUUAAGGCUAACAUUACCAAACUAAGUUUAAAAUCUAAAAAGCUUUUUCGUAAUGAAUUUUAAAUUUUUAUUUCGGGAAUCCAACGAAAUAUUGUACGUUAGGUACUUAUUUUUUGACUACGUAAUGUUAUAUGGGUAAUUUUAAAUCGAUUGAUUAUUUCGUGAUAUCCCUACCCAGUAAUAAAAUAUGUAUCGGCUGUAUCUGUAAAAAGCACAUAAAUAAUAACCAUAUUUCAAAAGA